GAUAUAAAGCCACAAAAGCCGCUCUGUAUAUAUGAUAAAAACAAAUCUGCAGGCAGUAACUGAAGAACAAAAAUAACAGCAAAAUAGCAGAUGAAGUUUUUCUCUGAAUUAGGAUCGUGUUGCGGAAGCGCGGCCGCCACUCCGGAGACGGAGGCUGCCAAUCGUGGCAGCCAGGCUGUGGAUCGGAGCCGCGCAGGCGGAGAGAGGAGAAGGCUUGCGAGAUCGAGAUCCAGCGGUAGCACGGCCGCUCCGUGGGUACCGAAGCUUUCUGCGAUUUCAGAGGACUUCCCGAUGACAUCGGCGCAUCGAACCGACGCGGAUCAAUUGAAUGCCGGAGACGAUGAGCGGAAGCGGUUGGUGAAAUCGAAAUCAAAGCCGAAGGCUGUAAUUGCGCCAAUGUUUGGUCAAGGAGAUGACUACUGGAAGUCUACUCCAGCGCUACCUGCUUUUUCUCCAAUGUGGUAUGGUUUCUGAAUUCAUAAACUUCUUGUGGAUAUUGUACAGUAUAAGGUAACUAUAGAUAUUUUCCUAUAUUUAUCAUUUUUCUUGAAGCAAUUGCAACUAUGUCUUUCUUUUUUUCUUAAUAAUUUUAAGCCUUAGAUUAUUAAUAGUGUAUAUACAUGUAUGUGUGCUGAUAUCGGAAAUUAAAUUAUUGUGUGAUUGAUGAUGAUAUGUUAAAUUA